AGCUUCUAUCUGCUUCAGUUUUGGAAGGAGUACCACAGCGGCAAGAGAAUGAAGUGCGAUAACCCCGUCAACAGAUAAUGUGUGAACCAACGACGGUUUCGCAGCAACAGCAGCCUCCGCAUUGCUCCAACUCAGGCAUAAAAACAACAACAACACCUGCAUUUGGACUCAGCCUCUUCGCUCCAAGCUCUAACACAGUUCAGUCAGUCUCUGCUCCGCUACCAACACGUGCGGUUGUGUUUGUAUCAUCUCAGGGGGACCGUUUUAUAUUUGUCAACGCACGUCAUACAAGUAUGCACACAAUUUCUGGAUUUGAAACAAUUACACCCCGCGCCUGAAGAGUGUUAGUCGUGAUUUGGAAUGGAUCUGUGAAAGGCUUAGAAAUUCUGUGUAGCCAAAUGGAGCAACACUGGGGGUAAAAUCCCUGAGCAACGCGCAAAGGCUUGGGACUGGCCGUGGCUGGGCAUUGAGGCAUGAGCCGGGAAUCGUCUGCAUGAGUGGCAGCAACAUGAACCACUACCCCACCACUGCAAAUGUAUACUGAAAUGAAAAGAUGCACCCUACCUGAGUUGCCAUCUACGCUCUUCUUUCUAACCCAUCACCCUUGACCUCCGACCUUCAUAGCUCUCAGUUGCCAUCCCAUCAUGACCUUGCUGUGCCGUGGACGCCUGAAGCUUUUAGUAGUGUCACUAAUGACCAUCGUGCUGAUUACCGGGCUCUACCUGCUAUCUGGAAGCCUCGAGAACGGUCGGUCCCUGUUCCUUCCUCCCUGUUUGGCGGACACACCUGCCUCUCUGUUCUUGGAACGAGCCAUCCUAGAGUCACGGGUUCGAGAGGUGGAAGAAGAGAACAGGCAGAUCAGACUACAGCUUAGCCAGUCACAAAGCACUGCUACCCAGUCAGCUGAGAGAAACUAUGGCAACCAGCAGUGGGGCGCCUCUGCUGACACUGUACCAGAGGACGGGUAUAACACAGCAGAGGAGAAGAACAACAACACUGAUUGUCCAAGAUUGCCUACCGUCCAGAAGUGUGAGGUAAUACAUGUUGCCUCCGUUUGUGCUGGACACAACGCCAGUAGAGACAUGGUGACACUAGUCAAGUCUGUCCUCUUUCACAGGAGAAACCCUCUUCACUUUCAUUUUAUCACUGAUGCUGUGGCCAACCAAAUUUUGAGCUCCCUGUUUCAGUCCUGGAUGGUCCCAUCUGUGCAAGUUAGCUUUUAUGAUGCAGAAGAACUCAAGUCUGAGGUGUCAUGGAUACCAAACAAGCAUUACUCAGGUAUUUACGGCUUGAUGAAGCUGACUCUAACCAAAGCCCUGCCACCUGACCUGUCAAAGGUUAUUGUCCUGGAUACAGACAUCACAUUUGCCACUGAUAUUGCUGAGCUGUGGGGCAUUUUCAGAAAGUUCACAGAUAAACAGGUUAUUGGUCUUGUGGAGAACCAGAGUGAUUGGUACCUUGGAAACCUGUGGAAAAAUCACAAACCGUGGCCUGCACUCGGCCGAGGCUUUAACACAGGUGUCAUUCUUUUAUACCUGGAGCGGUUGCGACAAAUCAGAUGGGAGCAGAUGUGGCGUCUAACAGCAGAGAAAGAGUUAAUGAGCAUGCUCAGUACAUCUCUGGCUGAUCAGGACAUCUUCAAUGCAUUCAUAAAGCAGAACCCAGUCUUGGUCCACCAGUUGCCCUGCUUCUGGAAUGUUCAGCUGUCUGAUCACACUCGCUCUGAGCUGUGCUACACUGAGGUUUCCGACCUCAAGGUAAUCCACUGGAACUCGCCAAAGAAGCUUCGUGUGAAGAAUAAGCAUGUCGAGUUUUUCAGAAACCUUUAUCUCACCUUCUUGGAGUAUGAUGGGAACCUGCUGCGGAGGGAGCUGUUUGGCUGCUCAAGUCAGGCCAGCCCAGAGAGCAUCCAGCUGCAGACCGCUCUGGAGGAGCUGGAUGAGGAUGAUCAGUGUUAUGACUUCCGCCGUGAGCGACUCACCGUUCACAGAGUCCAUCUUUACUUCCUACAGUAUGAAUAUACGCCGACAGAGGAGGAGAAUGAUGUCACUCUCGUGGCUCAACUCUCCAUGGAUAGGCUACAGAUGCUGGAGGCCAUUUGCAAGCACUGGGAAGGACCCAUCAGCUUGGCGCUUUACAUGUCUGACACAGAAGCUCAGCAGUUCCUACGCUAUGCUCAAGCCUCAGAGGUCCUAAAAAACCGUAAGAACAUAGGCUAUCACAUUGUUUAUAAGGAGGGCCAGUUCUACCCCGUCAACCUGGUGAGGAAUGUUGCCCUGAAGAAUGCAAACACCCCCUACGUUUUCCUGACGGAUGUGGACUUCUUACCAAUGUAUGGUCUCUAUGAUUACCUCAGAAAAACUGUCAUGCAGUUGGAUUUGGCAAAUCAUAAGAAGGCUCUGGUGGUUCCAGCUUUCGAAACACUGCGUUAUCGCUUGUCCUUCCCCAAAUCCAAAGCAGAGCUACUCUCCAUGCUGGACAUGGGGACACUUUAUACCUUCAGGUAUCAUGUGUGGCCUAAAGGCCACGCCCCUUCCAACUAUGCCAAAUGGAGGACAGCCACCACACCAUAUAAGGUUGACUGGGACCCAGACUUUGAACCUUAUGUUGUAGUAAAACGACAUUGUCCGGAAUAUGAUCAGCGCUUUGUGGGCUUUGGCUGGAACAAAGUUUCCCAUAUCAUCGAGCUGGAUGCACAGGAGUAUGACCUUAUGGUUCUUCCAAAUGCUUUCAUGAUCCACAUGCCCCACGCGCCCAGCUUUGACAUCUCCAAGUUUCGCUCUAGCUCUAGCUACCGCAACUGCCUGAAAACCUUAAAAGAGGAGUUCCACCAGGACUUGUCCAGGAAGUAUGGCUCAGCUGCUCUCAAGUACCUAACUGCCCAGAGGAACAUCUAAACAAUGCUGUCAGACACACUUUUUCACGAGAGACAGAGUUCGCACAUAUAUUGAUUUGAUCUCCUGCCAUGGCCAGCACCAAGUGCAAGUAUGAUGAUAAAGCUUACAGCCCAUUUCAGACAUUCUGAGCCCCUGUGCUAACAUCAUCGUGAUGAGUUUACCAAGACGGUGGAUACUCUCAUUUGCAGGAUUCACUGGGCUGAUCCAAUAUUGAUACUGAAUGAACUAGCUUUAAAACGUGAUUGAAAACUACAGUAUGUUAUCAUUUGUUUUGACAAUCAGGGAUAUUUCAAAUAUACAUGAUCCAGUGGACAGUACUCACAUUGAUAACUGGAAGCCAAGUUCAAGGACACAGAGCAAGCACCACGGAGCCAUUUGGGGGGUAGUUUACAUUAAAAAGGUGAAUUGGUUGUGGAGGUCAGUCAAACUGGAGGAAAUGUUUAGGCCUUAUGACCGAUAGUAUUUACGAAAAUAUUUACUAUUUUCAUAUUUAGUAAAAUACAAACCCAUGACCCGGGUUAAUUCAUCAUUCUUUUUGAGACCUUUGAAAUGUUAUCCAUCCAAGACCAAUUUAAUUAAUUUAGACAAUAUUUUAGCUUCAGGGAGUGUCUGUGUGUCUGCAUGUGUAUAUACUGUGUGUGUGUGUGUGUGUG